CUUUCCCUUUUAAAAAAACUUUUUAUUUUUAAUUGGUUUUAUUGUUGAUUUUAAAUUAUAAGCUGAUUUUGGAGAUCUCUGCUGUAACUAGGCUGCUUUAGAGUAGAACAGCUUCCCCGGCGUGUCAUUUUCUCUCUCCCUGCCUGCUGUCUCUGCUGUUGCUGCUGCUGACAGAAACGUGUUAGGAAAGCAGAAAGAGAAAAUGCCAGCCAUCCUGGUAGCCUCCAAAAUGAAAUCGGGACUACCUAAACCCGUACACAGCGCUGCUCCAAUCCUGCAUGUCCCAACGGCCAGGACCAUCCCACAGCCCUGUUACCUGAAGUUUGGGAACAAGGUGGAGGUGACGAAGCCAUUGUAUUCCAGCCAGAUUCCUCUCAAAUCUUCCAAUGGACAAGAAAACGCAGGAGAUGGCCUCCCAGCAAGGAAGAGUAGCUCGGUAGAAAAUGGAUUUGACACACAGAUUUAUACGGAUUGGGCUAAUCACUAUCUAGCAAAAUCUGGUCACAAGAGAUUGAUAAAGGACCUACAGCAAGAUGUGACUGAUGGAGUCCUGCUAGCUGAAAUCAUCCAAGUUGUAGCAAAUGAAAAGAUUGAAGACAUCAAUGGCUGCCCAAAAAAUAGGUCUCAAAUGAUUGAAAACAUAGAUGCAUGCCUGAGUUUCCUGGCUGCUAAGGGGAUUAACAUCCAGGGGCUGUCAGCAGAAGAAAUCAGGAAUGGGAAUCUAAAGGCCAUCCUGGGCCUCUUCUUCAGCCUGUCUCGGUACAAGCAGCAGCAGCAGCAGCCCCAGCACCAUCCAUCCCAGCAAGCAGGGCCUCCAUCCCAGUGCCAGCUGGGGCUGCCCCAGCAGCAGGUGCCAGCCCCGCUCCAGACUCCGUGCCAACAGCCCCCACAAGCUGGGCAGCAUCAGUUCAAAGCACAAUCAGAAAUGCAGUCCAGUGCAUCUCCCAGGGACUCAUCUCAAAGCAAAAUCAUCCGAUUCACUCUUGGUCAGAAAAGGUCUUCUAGACUGCCAGGUCCCACCACGAGGGUGUCCGCUGCGGGCAGCGAGGCCAAGGCUCGUGGUUCCAUCAGUGCCAACAACCGGCGCAGCCAGAGCUUCAACAACUACGACAAAUCUAAGCCUGGACUUCUCCCUCCAGCCCCAACCAGCACCAAUGACAAAGAGCCUGCAGACAGCACAGCCUCCCAGCCCACAGGAAUGAAUGAAAAUGUCUCAUCCUCAGUUCAGGGCUGCGGCAGUGCUGUUCCUUGCAAUAACUCCUCAGCCAUCCCUCAGCCCAGCUCUGCUAUUAAACCUUGGCGCAGCAAGUCCCUCAGUGCCAAGCACACAGCGACGUCUUCCAUGUUAUCCGUGAAGCAGCCGGCAGUGGAGCCUCCAAAGCCUCCCUCAGAAAUCGCCAAAACAGCUCCCAACGGCCAGAAAUCCAUGCUGGAAAAACUAAAACUCUUCAACAGCAAAGGCGGUUCCAAAGCAGGAGGGACAACGCUGGAGUGUCCGGGCUCUCGGGACAACAGCUGUGAAAAGCUGGAGACGCUCCUCAGCUUUGAGGAGAGUGAGGAAAUCGAUGCCACCAAUCAGAAUGUGAACAAUCCGGGAUCAAUGUCCAGCAGCCCCAAAAUUGCACUCAAGGGAAUCGCACAAAGGACUUUCAGCCGCGCACUGACUAACAAGAAAAGUUCUCCAAAGGGUAAUGAGAAGGAGAAAGAGAAGCAAAAAGAGAAAGAAAAGGAUAAAAGCAAAGACGUUACAAAGAGAACAUCCAUCACCGAGAAGUUGGACCUGAAGGAGGAACCUAAAGAAGAACAGGCAGCACUAACAACAACGACAGAGAUGCCAAAAAAGUCCUCCAAGAUCGCCAGCUUUAUCCCUAAAGGAGGGAAGCUGAACAGUGCCAAGAAGGAGGCCUCUGCCCCUUCGCACAGCGGAAUACCAAAACCAGGAAUGAAAAACGCCACAGGGAAAUCCUCAAGUGCCCCUGCUCCUGCAAAGGAAGGCGAGAGGAGCCGUGGAGGGAAGGCCAGCUCGGGGCUCUCGCAUCAGAAGUCCCAGCUGGACAGCCGUCACUCCAGCUCCUCCUCCAGCCUGGCCUCCUCCGAGGGCAAGGGCUGUGUCGGGGGCCUGCACAGCAGCAGCAGCAGCCAGGCUGUGAACGGGCCCACGGUGAGCACCCACAGCACGGGCAGCAACACGGUGAGCGUGCAGCUACCUCAGCCCCAGCAGCAAUACAGCCACCCCAACACCGCCACCGUCGCGCCCUUCAUGUACAGAUCUCAGACAGACAAUGAAGGGAACGUAACAGCCGAGGCCAGCACAGGAGGGGUCAGCAUGGAUUCUGCUCUUUACAUCAAAAGUGCCCAGCCUGCCCUCGAGGACCUCUCAGGAGAGGAUGCAGAGACUCGGCGGCUGCGAACUGUGAAGAACAUCGCUGACCUGCGGCAGAACCUGGAGGAAACCAUGUCCAGCCUGAGGGGAACCCAGGUCACCCACAGCACCUUGGAGACCACAUUCGACACCAACGUCACCACCGAGAUCAGCGGCCGCAGCAUCCUGAGCCUGAGCGGGCGGCCCACGCCUCUCUCCUGGCGCCUGGGCCAGGCCAGCCCGCGCCUGCAGGCGGGCGACGCGCCCUCCAUGGGCAACGGCUACCCGCCGCGGGCCAACGCCAGCCGCUUCGUCAGCGCCGAGCCGGGCGCCGGCCGCUACCUGUACUCGGCGCCGCUGCGGCGGCAGCUGGCCACGCGCGGCGGCAGCGUGUGCCACGUGGACAUCGCCGACAAGGCCGGCGACGACGGCGACCUCGAGGGCAUCGCCAUGGACGCCGCCGGAUACAUGAGCGACGGCGACGUGCUGGGCAAGAACAUCCGGGCCGACGACAUCACCAGCGGGUACCUGACGGACGGCGGGCUGGGGCUGUACACGCGGCGGCUGAACCGGCUGCCCGACGGCAUGGCCACGGUGCGGGAGACGCUGCAGCGCGGCACGGCCCUGGGGCUCGGCGACGCCGACAGCUGGGAUGACAGCAGCUCUGUCAGCAGUGGGAUCAGUGACACCAUAGAUAAUCUCAGUACUGAUGACAUUAACACGAGCUCCUCUAUCAGCUCCUAUGCCAACACGCCUGCCUCGUCCAGAAAGAACUUAGAUGCACAGACUGAUGCAGAGAAGCAUUCCCAGGUGGAGCGGAAUUCCUUAUGGUCCGGAGAUGAAGUCAAGAAAUCCGACGGGGGAUCUGAUAGCGGCAUAAAAAUGGAGCCGGGAUCCAAGUGGAGGCGGAAUCCCUCUGAUGUGUCAGAUGAGUCUGAUAAAAGCACUUCUGGUAGGAAGAACACUGUUAUUUCCCAGACGGGCUCCUGGCGACGGGGCAUGUCAGCUCAGGUUGGCAUUACCACACCAAGGCCUAAACCUUCAACCACCCCAGGCACAUUAAAGACACCUGGAACAGGGAAAACUGAUGACGCCAAGGUAUCAGAAAAGGGUAGACUAUCUCCUAAAGCUGGACAUGUUAAACGUUCCCCAUCAGAUGCAGGACGCAGCAGUGGUGAUGAAUCCAAAAAGCUUCCCACAAGUAAUUCUAGGACAACUGCUGCUAAUGCUAAUACAUUUGGAUUUAAGAAACAGAGCGGGUCAGCCAUAGGCAUGACCAUAAUCACUGCCAGUGGGGCAACUCUCACCAGUAGAUCGGCUACCUUGGGAAAGAUCCCCAAGUCAUCUGGACUCAUGGGUAGGACCACUGGUCGGAAGACUAGUGUUGAUGGCUCCCAGAACCAGGAUGAUGGCUACUUAGCACUUAGUGCACGAACUAAUCUUCAGUACCGUAGCUUACCCCGGCCCAGUAAAUCCAGUAGCAGAAGUGGAGCUGGGAAUAGAUCUAGCACGAGUAGCAUAGACUCCAACAUAAGCAGCAAGUCAGCUGGGUUGCCUGUCCCUAAAAUCAGAGAGCCUGCCAAGGUAAUCCUUGGAAGCUCUCUGCCAGGAUUAGUCAAUCAGACUGAUAAAGAGAAAGGGAUUUCGUCUGACAACGAAAGCGUGGCUUCAUGUAAUUCUGUUAAAGUGAACCCUGCAUCACAGCCUGCUGCUAGCGGAGCUCAGAGUACCCACCAGCAAGGAGUCAAGUACCCCGAUGUGGCCUCUCCCACUCUGCGCAGACUUUUUGGUGGCAAGCCUAGUAAGCAAGUUCCCAUCACAACGGCUGAAAAUAUGAAAAACUCAGUUGUCAUCUCCAACCCUCACGCUACCAUGAACCAGCAGGGUAACCUUGACUCCCCAUCUGGCAGUGGUGUGCUGAGCAGUGGGGGCAGCAGUCCCCUCUAUGGUAAAAGCACAGAUCUCAACCAGUCUCCACUGGCUUCCAGCCCCAGUUCUGCACACUCUGCUCCUUCCAACAGUUUGACAUGGGGUACCAAUGCCAGUAGCUCUUCUGCAGUUAGCAAGGAUGGCAUUGGAUACCAGUCUGUCAGCAGCCUGCACACCAGCUGUGAGUCCAUAGACAUCUCCCUGAGCAGUGGAGGUGGGCUGAGCCAUAACUCCUCCAGUGGCUUGAUUCCAACCUCCAAGGAUGAUUCUCUGACCCCCUUCGUCCGAACCAACAGUGUUAAGACUACAUUGUCUGAAAGUGACCCACAUCUUGAUAGGAACACUUUGCCUAAGAAGGGACUCAGGUAUACUCCAUCCUCCCAGCUCCGUAGUCAAGAGGAUGCAAAGGAAUGGCUCCGCUCCCAUUCAGCAGGAGGACUGCAGGAUACUGCUGCCAAUUCUCCAUUUUCAUCUGGAUCCAGUGUAACAUCACCCUCUGGAACCAGAUUUAACUUCUCUCAGCUUGCGAGCCCCACGAGCGCGGCGCAGAUGGGCCUGUCCAACGCGGGCAUGCUGCGCACACACAGCCUGUCCAACGCCGACGGCCCCUACGAGCCCUACGGCGACACGCGCCUCCGCAACAGCUCCGUGUCCCUGGACGACAAGAGCCGCACCAUGAGCCGCUCCGGCUCCUUCCGCGACGGCUUCGAGGAGGUGCAUGGUUCUUCUCUCUCUUUGGUGUCCAGUACAUCAUCUAUUUAUUCCACACCUGAAGAGAAGUGCCAGUCAGAGAUUCGCAAGCUGCGGAGAGAAUUGGAUGCAUCCCAAGAAAAAGUGUCAGCUCUGACAACUCAGCUGACUGCUAAUGCUCACCUGGUGGCAGCAUUUGAGCAGAGCCUGGGGAACAUGACGAUCCGACUGCAGAGCCUGACCAUGACAGCAGAACAAAAGGACUCAGAACUGAAUGAGUUAAGGAAGACAAUUGAACUCCUGAAGAAACAAAACGCUGCUGCUCAGGCUGCCAUCAAUGGAGUCAUCAACACACCUGAGCUCAACUGCAAAGGUCCUGGAGCUGCUCAGCCCACGGACCUGCGGAUCCGGAGGCAGCACUCCUCGGACAGUGUGUCCAGCAUUAACAGUGCCACCAGCCACUCCAGCGUGGGCAGCAACAUCGAGAGUGACUCCAAGAAAAAGAAGAGGAAGAACUGGGUCAAUGAGUUACGCAGCUCCUUCAAGCAAGCUUUUGGGAAAAAGAAAUCUCCCAAGUCAGCAUCUUCUCAUUCAGACAUUGAGGAGAUGACUGAUUCUUCCUUACCUUCCUCACCAAAGCUGCCACACCACAACACCACUGUUUCAACACCACUGCUGAGAGCUUCCCAUUCCAAUUCCCUCAUCUCCGAGUGCACGGACAGCGAGGCCGAGACGGUGAUGCAGCUGCGCAACGAGCUGCGCGACAAGGAGAUGAAGCUGACCGACAUUCGCCUGGAGGCGCUCAGCUCCGCACACCAGCUGGACCAGCUGCGAGAGGCCAUGAACAGGAUGCAGAGUGAGAUUGAGAAGUUAAAAGCAGAGAACGAUCGGCUGAAAUCUGAAAACCACGGCAGCUGUAGCCGGGCUCAGUCUCAGGUUUCCAUCUCCUCCUCUCCCAGACACUCUGUGGGACUCUCUCAACACAGCCUGAACCUCACGGAGUCAACCAGUCUCGAUAUGCUGUUGGAUGACACUGGGGAUGGCUCUGCCCGGAAAGAAGGAGGCAGGCACGUCAAAAUAGUUGUCAACUUCCAGGACGAGAUGAAAUGGAAGGAGGACUCCAGGCCUCGCACCUUCCUCAUCGGCUGCAUUGGAGUCAGUGGGAAAACCAAGUGGGACGUCCUGGAUGGGGUUGUGAGACGCCUGUUUAAGGAGUACAUCAUCCACGUGGAUCCUGUGAGCCAGCUGGGGCUGAACUCAGACAGUGUUCUGGGCUACAGCAUCGGGGAAAUCAAGCGCACCAACAGUGCAGAGACCCCGGAGCUGCUGCCCUGUGGGUACCUGGUUGGAGAAAACAACACCAUCUCAGUCACCAUCAAAGGUCUCUGUGAGAACAGCCUGGACGGGCUGGUGUUCGAGUCGCUGAUCCCCAAGCCCAUCCUGCAGCGCUACGUGUCCCUGCUGAUGGAACACAGGAGGAUCAUCCUGUCUGGCCCCAGUGGCACGGGCAAAACCUACCUGGCCAACCGUCUGUCAGAGUACAUGGUGCUCAGGGAGGGCAGGGAGCUGGCCGAGGGCAUCAUUGCCACCUUCAACGUCGACCACAAAUCCAGCAAGGAACUCCGCCAGUACCUGUCCAACCUGGCAGACCAGUGCAACAGUGAAAACAAUGCUGUGGAUAUGCCUCUUGUCAUAAUUUUGGAUAAUUUGCACCAUGUUAGCUCCCUAGGAGAGAUCUUUAAUGGACUGCUAAACUGCAAGUACCACAAAUGUCCGUAUAUUAUCGGCACAAUGAACCAAGCCACCUCCUCCACACCUAAUCUUCAACUUCACCAUAAUUUCAGAUGGGUGCUAUGUGCAAACCACACUGAGCCUGUCAAAGGCUUUCUCGGCCGUUUCCUGAGAAGAAAACUGAUUGAAACAGAGAUCAGUGGCAGGAUGAGGAAUGCAGAGCUGGUUAAGAUUAUUGAUUGGAUUCCCAAGGUCUGGCAACAUCUGAACAAAUUCUUGGAGGCUCACAGCUCCUCUGAUGUUACUAUUGGUCCACGGCUCUUCCUCUCCUGUCCAAUAGAUGUAGAUGGUUCUAGAGUUUGGUUCACUGACUUGUGGAACUACUCCAUCAUUCCAUAUCUUCUGGAGGCAGUAAGAGAAGGGCUACAGUUGUAUGGGAGGAGAGCACCCUGGGAGGAUCCUGCCAAGUGGGUCAUGGACACCUACCCCUGGGCAGCCACCCCCCAGCACCACGAGUGGCCUCCUCUGCUGCAGCUGCGGCCCGAGGACGUGGGCUUUGAUGGCUACUCCGUGGCCCGGGAAGGCUCCACCAGCAAACAAGUUCCAGUGAGUGAUGCUGAAGGAGAUCCUCUGAUGAACAUGCUAAUGAGACUGCAGGAGGCAGCCAACUACUCCAGUCCCCAGAGUUAUGACAGUGACUCCAACAGCAACAGCCAUCAUGAUGACAUCCUGGAUUCCUCUCUGGAGUCGACAUUGUGAUCUCUCUCAGACAGAGGUUAUUUCCACUUGGCAAGAGCCCUGAUUACAGACUCAUGAAAAGAACACGUUCCUGGGCUGGGAUCUCAGUAUUAGAGCUGCAAGAACAAGACACUUGGAGCAAUCUUGAACCUGGGUGCAGGCAACCCAAGCGACCUUUGUAUUGUUUUUCUUUUGACAGUGAUGAGAACUGCACUACUCCUUUGUUUCCUUCUUUUUAGUUGCUGUAAGCUCUCAUGCCUAAGAUCCUGAAGAUGUUAAAAUUAAUCAUCAUUACUAAGUCGAAAGGACAGGGGUGAGGGGCAACUUCACAGCUGUGAAGCAAACAGCUUUGUGCCAUGUACUGUCUGGAAAGAGAGGGGAGAGGGAAUAUUUGCCUAUGCUGCUUCUGACCAAACACAUUUACAUGAGGGCUGGACUUCUACCAAUCAGCUUUGUGGAUUAAAUUCAGCUUCAUAUAGUUCUGGUGCUAUAACAAUAUUGCUUGCCUCGGUGGUAAUACUCAGUGAAGGCAAAGCUGCAAAACAGGGAAGUCUGAAUCAAUAUUAAAAGAGGAAAGGAAUAAAAAGAAACUAAAACAAAAAGCGCUGCUCUCCUUGCCAGUCUGAGACCUUGGCUUUCUUUCAUUGUGUGUUUAUAAAGAUUAUAUAUAUAAAUAGGAAUAUAUAAAAAUAUAUAUACAAUCUGAACAAAUCAGGUUUUUUUUUUUCAAACACUGUGUAACAAUCAAUCCUGCUACAAGUGAAAGAUCAGGUAGUCCUUUGCUAGUCAGGGCCCAAUUCUCUUCCCACUUACACCCACGCCACCAGCUGAGCUGACUUCUGUGGUGUUUACACCCCACCAAUCCACCCUGAGGAGAGGGGGCUUCCCUCCUUCACAGGAGUCAGUGGCAGGGCUGUGCCCCUUGGGGUCCUGCAGCUCCAAAGGACCCUUGGCAGGGCACAGGCAUGGUGAGCCCUGUACACAGAGGUGAGCUGCACCCCUGCAAAGGGAUGAGUCAGACUUUCAGUUUUUAAUUCUUGCCAUGAAACGUUACAGCUGUUUUCUAAAAACUUUGGGUUUUGUUCAGAGGUUUCAUUCCAAUCAGCACAACCAUAAGGGGGUUAAUUAAAAUUCAGCUCUGUGGCAGUUCCAGUGCUGCUCUGGUGACAAUACUUACUUCCAUUACUUUUCUUUUUAAUUGCAAAGUGUAAAAAAAAAAAAGAAGUAUUUCAGCAGUAUUCAGGUCUGGAAGAAAAAAAGAUAAGGUACUGAGUACUGUGUCUUUUGAGUUUAGCUGUGCCAUGCUUUUGAGCUGUGGCAGAGCUGUGAACCUGCUUUGGUUUCUCCUCCUCUGUGAACGCACACACCCCUACACUGUCAGUGUUAAGGCUUGUACUUGUGCUGGGCAGCAAGAACACCUCCCAAAGAGUUGCACUUUCCUGGUGACACCACCAUGCCCAGCACGGCAGCUGUACCUCAGCCAGCCCCUCGCUCCUCAGAGGGAUUUGUGCGAGCCUUGCCAGCUCUCCUUUGGUGCUGACUUUUGAAAGCGAUGCCUUAUUUUGUACUAAUUGUGUUUGAUUAAAUUAGUGCUGUAUAUUAUGGGAUUUUAUUUAAAGAAACAGGGCUAAAGUCAUCUCUUGAAAUAUCAUAAGUUGCUGUGAAUAUUGUUUGUAUGAGACACUAGAAUUUGUUUAAAUGUGACAAAAAAAGGAGGGAAAUGAGAUAAUGUUUCAGGUUCAUAUCAAUCUGCAGCUAAUAAAUCACUGAAGAGCUGUUUUAUCCAUGCAGGAGGGACAAAAGAAGCUUUUCAACUCUAAUAAAUUACAGGAAUAUGCUGGUUUUUCAAUGUACAGAAAGAAAUCUUACUACAAACACUUUUUCAAGAGCUUAUGGGUUUAAAGGAACAUAACAGACAAGUUCAUGCUUCUGUAGCUCAGCUUGAGAGGAUGGUUUUAUUAUACCUCAUGACUUUCUGUAAUAUAACUGUACUUUGUCUUACUAAGCUGGUCUUGAAUCUGCUCCUGUUACAACUUUUAAGUGCUGAUGACUUUUUUUUUUUAAAGAAAAAUAUUGUAAAAGGAAAAAUUUAAAUAUUUUAAUGAUGGGGGGGAAGAGCUUGGUGUUGUUACUGUUUUAACCUUAUGAACUCUGAUUUCCUUAUUUUACUGAAUGGAAUAACAAAGGUUACUCAGCCAAUUUUCCUAAUCCAGUUCUUGGUACUGUAAAAAAAGGGUUAGAUCUGUAUGGAAUCAAAUCCAUAGCAUGCUGAUGAUGAGUUUGAGAAAAGUUAAUUUUUUCCAGUAGUCUUGACAAUUCUGCUUCCCAGCACUGACUUUACCUGCUACUACUGUGAAUUUUGGUACCUAAUCCCCCAACUGAAUCCAUGCAGACAGAGCAUGUGCCUGUAAAAGAAAUCCAGUUGCAGGGCUAGGGCUUUAAAUAGACUUGAUAUCCUAGCAAAUGUCUCAGUUGCCCUUGAACUGAGUGCUAAAAGACAUGUUUAAAGUAGUGUUUUAUUUGUGGGGAACGGGGUAUUUUUUUUUUCUCAUGUUUAAUCCUGUGCUUAAGCUCAGGAAGAAAUUUCUAUUAUCUGUUCUUUUUUAUUGACACUAGUUUGGCUUAAAGUGAGAGAGGCAAUUUUGAAUAGGCUAGUCAUUCUGAGCAUCACAAUAUUCCGUGUCUUUUCUGAAACUUCGGGAAGCAGGGUUACCUGUUGUACACACGUCUUAGUUUUUAUCAAGACUUUUGUAGAUUAAGUCUUUCUUUAGGUGACUUCCUUCUCAUUUAAGGCUUUUUCAAAACACUUCCUGGGUUUUUUUCUUUUUUUUUUGUCUUUUUUUGCCUUCUUUCUCCUCCUUACAAAGUUGGCUUGUUUUAAAAAAUAUCAACAAGAAAUGCAAGAUUCUAUGCAACAUUCAUGUUGAGUUAUAAAUUGAGAGAAUAAACCAUUUUCUUUCCUUCACAACUGCCAAGAAUGAUACAGGCCAUAAAUGAGAUGUGGUUUAUUUGGGGAAGGGGAGGGAGGGGGUUGGUUAGCCUUUUUGUACAUUUUGAAAGAAGCAGACUUGAUAUUUCAUUGUUGAUGCUUAACUUCGAUAUUAUGUGUAUGAAAUCUUGUCUAAAUGUGGCAAUUUUCUUUCAAGAAAAAAAUAAUAUACAAAAACAGAGCAAAAAAAAUCUUUGUUGAUAUUAAAUGGAAGGUUGCUGUUUUGAUCUAGUCGUUUCCAGUGGAACAGUUUAUGAAAUAUGUUCUAUAAGAUGUACAUUUUUUCAUUGUAACAUAGAAAUGUAAAUAUUUGAUUAAAAGUGCUGCAUUUUGAUGAAUUUUUUCUAGCCAUUUUUAAAGAGAAAACUAGGAAUUGAGUAUUUUGUGUACGUUUAUGAUGUUUUCCAUUUGCUCCUCUCCCUAUUUAAUUUUCAGUUCUCAUUUAGGAUUGGAAUUUGUGAAUGGUCUGUUUGAGAUCAUGCCUCCCCUUUCUCACUCUCCCUGUUUCUACCCCUUCCCCACCCCAUGUCAUGGAGAAUAAAGCUGAUGAUUGUACCAGUCUUAAAUUAUUCAUGAUUCAAUAAAAUUGAUGCUUAUUUAUUCAGA